GGUAACCGGAGAAUCGACCCAAUAUCCUAUGGAGCAGGACUUGCAUAAUUGCAGGGCACAGGCCGCCUAUCAUUGAUACCUGAGGCACCAAGAGAAAGCCAGGCACCCAGGCACACCAACCCGGAUCAAGACGGACGAACCAGUGAGCGUUGAUUAUUAAGGUACCCCGGAUGCUGCGUCCGGGAUCGGGUGCGACACCGAAUAAUUGCCCGAUUUUCUGGUCGCGACUCAAUUUUUCCCUUUGGGGUUCUUGUUCUUUGGCCAUUUCUGUGAUACCCUCUUUUGUUUUCCUUGGUCAAUUUGCAUUGUAUCUUUAAGUAUAGCUCAUGAUGUUUAAACGCACCGGAUCUUUGCUGCUUCGGUGCAGAGCAUCGCGAGCCCCCACCCUUACCGAGAAGAUCGUACAGGCGUAUUCCCUGGGUCUCGCCGAAGGCCAAUACGUCAAGGCUGGAGACUAUGUGAUGCUGAGCCCCCAUCGUUGUAUGACCCACGACAACUCAUGGCCCACCGCGCUCAAGUUUAUGGCAAUUGGCGCAUCCAAGGUCCACAACCCCGAUCAGAUUGUCAUGACCUUAGACCACGAUGUCCAGAACAAGAGCGAGAAGAACCUGAAGAAAUACGAAUCGAUUGAGAAGUUUGCCAACCAGCAUGGCAUCGACUUCUACCCAGCCGGUCACGGUGUCGGCCAUCAGAUCAUGAUUGAGGAGGGAUAUGCCUUCCCCGGCACCGUCACUGUGGCUAGUGACAGUCACUCCAACAUGUACGGUGGCGUUGGUUGUCUCGGUACUCCCAUGGUUCGUACCGAUGCCGCGACUAUCUGGGCUACCGGCCGUACCUGGUGGAAGGUCCCCCCUAUCGCAAAGGUGCAGUUCACCGGCACUCUCCCUGAGGGUGUCACCGGAAAGGACGUCAUUGUCGCUUUGUCAGGUCUCUUCAACAAAGAUGAGGUUCUGAACUACGCGAUUGAGUUUACUGGCUCGGAGGAGACCAUGAAGAGUCUCUCUGUCGACACCCGUCUGACCAUCGCCAACAUGACCACCGAAUGGGGCGCGCUGACCGGACUGUUCCCCAUCGACUCGACCCUGGAGCAGUGGCUGAGACGCAGGGCCGCUACCGCACCACGCACGGAGACGGCGCGUCGAUUUGCCGAGGAGCGUAUCAACGAGUUGUUCGCCAACCCCACCGUCGCUGACCGUGGAGCCAAGUACGCCAAAUAUCUGUACCUGGAUCUGUCGACCCUGUCGCCCUACGUUUCCGGACCGAACUCCGUCAAGGUCGCCACCCCCAUUGACGAACUGGAGAAGCAAAAGCUGAAGAUCGACAAAGCCUACUUGGUAUCCUGCACUAACUCGAGAGCGUCGGAUAUUGCCGCCGCGGCCAAGGUGUUCAAGGACGCCGUUGCCAGGACGGGUGGGCCUGUGAAGGUCGCGGACGGCGUCGAGUUCUACGUCGCGGCGGCUUCCAAGGCUGAACAGAAGAUUGCAGAGGAGGCAGGUGACUGGCAAGCUCUGAUAGACGCCGGCGCUAUCCCCCUGCCAGCGGGUUGCGCCGUCUGUAUUGGUCUGGGUGCCGGUCUCCUCAAGGAGGGCGAAGUUGGAAUCUCAGCCAGUAACCGAAACUUCAAGGGCCGCAUGGGUUCCCCUGAUGCCAAGGCCUAUCUUGCCAGUCCUGAAGUUGUCGCGGCCAGUGCACUGAACGGUGCUAUUAGCGGACCCGGCAUCUACAAGCGCCCCGAAGACUGGGCCGGCGUCUCCAUCGGUGAAGGAGAAGUUGUCGAGUCCGGCACUCGCAUCGACACGACUUUGGAAGCAAUGGAGAAGUUCAUUGGACAGCUGGAUAGCAUGAUCGAGUCGUCGAGCAAGGCCGUGAUGCCGGAGGAGUCGACUGGCUCCGGGGCCGCCGAGGUGGACAUCGUUCCCGGCUUCCCCGAGAAGAUCGAGGGUGAAAUCCUCUUCCUUGAUGCUGAUAACAUCAGCACUGAUGGCAUCUACCCUGGCAAAUACACAUACCAGGACGACGUCACCAAGGACAAGAUGGCGCAGGUCUGCAUGGAGAACUACGAUCCUGCCUUUACCGGCAUCGCCCGCGCAGGAGACAUCUUCGUCUCCGGCUUCAACUUCGGCUGCGGCUCCUCCCGCGAGCAAGCCGCCACCUCCAUCCUUGCCAAGCAACUCCCCUCCCGCAACGCCGUCAAUAACGCCCUCCCUCUGCUCGAGAUGCCUCGCCUCGUCGAGCGCCUGCGCGAAGCCUUUGGUAACGAAAAGCAACCCACCCGCCGCACGGGAUGGACCUUCACCUGGAACGUGCGCACCUCCCAGGUCACCGUCCAGGAAGGCCCGGGCGGUGAAACCUGGAGCCAGAGCGUACCUGCUUUCCCGCCGAACCUGCAAGACAUCAUUGCCCAGGGCGGAUUAGAGAAGUGGGUGAAGAAGGAGAUUAGCAAGGCUUGAUCGUGUACAUGUACUUUUCAGUCAGUGUAAAAGAUCCCCUUUUUUUUUCCUUUUCAUGGGUGCAUUGCGUGUUGAGCCUGGACCUGGACCUGGAGAUAGUCUGGAUGAUUUGAUAUCCCUUAGAAGUUAGAAUGGCCGGCGGAGAACUUUUCCGU